CCGAAAAUUCCCAUCCGCAGCAGGUGUUACUGUAAACGCCUAGCCCUCAUCUUCCCCCGUCCCGUUCGAAUCCUCUCCUCUGCGAUACACGGAGCGCGCCGCCCCGGGGCCCUUCUUCUGGAUACCGUCCGGCCGCCGCCCCUCGCCAUCCUCAUCGCCGUUUUCCUCGUCACCCUCCCGCCUCCAUCAUCCUCGUCGGCCGAUUACCCUAUUGAAACUCCGUUCUCCCAGACGGCAACCUAGUGGAAGGUGAAAUCGACGCGGAUUCGCGGCAAGAGCCGCGUGGGCCUUCUAUUUUCUACACCGAUCCGGAGAAGGUUUCGGCUUCGAUUCGAGUUCGGGUGACUGCCCGAUAUAUUCCCUCGUGCUCGCGAGUCGCGUCUGCCCCGGUGCGAUUUGCAGUAGAAGUCGCCGUUCUUUGUUGCCGUCUAGUAUGAUUGGCCGUCUUUCUUGUUCACAGGCUUUAGAUGUAAAAAUAGCCUCAUCUAGGUGUUAGAUUUUGGGUUUAUUUCUUGGUUUGCUGAGAUCAAGUGAAGAACUUGGAUGUUAGUUCCUGUCCUACUUGUUUGUUCUAAUCUUAUUGAAUGGUUUGUACGCUUCUAUGAUAUUUUAAAGAAAUAAUAAAAAAGGAAAGAAGAAAUUUAUUAGAGAAACUGAGAAAAGAUAGAAUUUUGAGUUGUAAAAGAUAAAGAAGUGAGGAAAAUUGCAAUUUUCUGAGCUAUCUAAUAAGGGAGCGGAGUUUUGCUGAAAGGCAGAGCGUCCAUGCAGAAGAGCAAUAGUAACAAUGGUUACCUUGGUGUCACUGAGCCCAUCUCAUUGAGCGGGCCGACAGAGAUGGACAUUGUCCGCACAAAGGAGGUUGAAAAGUGUCUUGCUGAUGCGGGCCUGUAUGAAAGCCAAGAGGAAGCUGUCCUACGAGAAGAGGUUUUAGGAAAGCUGGACCAGAUUGUGAAGGCUUGGAUUAAAAAGGCCACUAGAUCUGGUGGUUAUGGCGAGCAAUUUGUGCAAGAAGCAAAUGCAAAGAUCUUUACUUUUGGCUCAUACAGACUAGGGGUGCAUGGUCCUGGUGCUGAUAUCGAUACACUAUGUGUUGGACCAAAGCAUGCAACUCGAAAUGAAUACUUUUUCCAGGUGCUCCAUGAUAUGCUAUCUGAGAUGCCAGAGGUUUCAGAGUUACAUCCGGUGCCAGAUGCUCAUGUGCCUGUUAUGAAAUUCAAACUUUGUAGGGUUUCUAUUGACCUUCUAUAUGCUAACCUCACGCAUGUGGUGAUUCCUGAGGACUUGGAUCUUUCACAAGACUCUAUAUUGUACAACGUUGAUGAACAAACUGUCCGCAGUUUAAAUGGAUGUCGGGUUACUGAUCAAAUUUUACGAUUGGUUCCAAAUAUUCCGAAUUUCCGUACAACCUUGAGAUUCAUGAGGUUUUGGGCAAAGUGCCGUGGAGUCUACUCAAAUGUUAUAGGAUUUCUUGGUGGUAUAAACUGGGCACUUCUAGUUGCUCGUAUAUGUCAAUUGUACCCAAAUGCAGGACCAAGCAUGUUGAUACCUCGGUUUUUCAAACUCUACAGCCAGUGGAAGUGGCCCAGUCCUGUUAUGCUUUGCCACAUUGUAGAGGGAUCCCUUGGCCUUCCUGUGUGGGAUCCCAGGAGAAAUUUUAGAGACAGGGGUCAUCACAUGCCUAUAAUUACACCUGCUUACCCCUGUAUGAAUUCUAGCUACAAUGUAUCUAUCAGUACUAGGCAUGUGAUGGUCCAAGAAUUUACACGAGCAUAUGAGAUCUGUCAGGCAAUAGAUGACAGCAAAGCAGGCUGGGAUGCUUUAUUCGAGCUGUAUCCAUUUUUUGAAUCUUAUAGGAAUUAUCUGAAGGUUGAGGUUACAGCAAGAAAUGAAGAUGACCUCAGGAAUUGGAAGGGCUGGGUAGAAUCAAGGCUUCGUACCCUUGUGUUGAAGAUUGAGCGGUAUACACGUGAGAUGCUUCUCUCACAUCCUAAUCCUAGAGAUUUUGUGGACAGCUCUAGGCCAAUGCAUUGUUUCUACUUUAUGGGUCUCUGGAGAAAACAAAUCACCCAAGCUCAAGAAGCCGAGCAAUUUGACAUCAGAGCAAUUGUGAAUGACUUCAAGAGCUCUAUUCACGCUUAUCAAUAUUGGAAAGAAGGAAUGGCAAUUGAAGUUUCACAUUUAAGAAGAAAAGAUAUUCCGAUGUUUGUUUUCCCCUGUGGUGUGCGUCCUUCUCGUCCUUCUAGAACAGUUGGCAAGGAGGCUCGUACAGUUUCAAGAAAUAAUGUUUCAGCUGAUGCUCAAACAGGAUAUCUCUCAAGUGAUGCUCAGCGUGCUCCAAGCAGUGAGAUGAAGCAACUCGCUUCAGAUCCUUCUACCGUCUAUCAUUCUCUGGGAAGAACUAUUGUCUCUAGUUUACCCAGUGAAAAAACUGUCCAUGAUUUCAAUGGUUACGCCAAUAUCGCUACAGAAUCUGGUGAGGGUGAACAUCUGGGGAACUAUAAAGAUAAUACAUUGGUUCCUCAGAACCAUGUUUCUCUUUAUGGUGUCAAGACACCUCAGACUAUGGUGCCUAACUCAACCAAUGUUUUUCAUAGUCCAACAAAUGGGUUGGACUCUAGUUUAGAUAACUCCUGUGAAGAACCUGCAGCAAUUGCUUUAAACAAACAUACCAAUUUCACUUCAGCUGUACUAGCAGUUCCUGAUGAACUCGGUGAGCUGGUAUCUCAUCAAGUGAAGGUAGAUCUACAAGGUCUCAAUCCUGUGGCUCAAAGAUUUUCAAUGGAUGGUGCUGCUGGAAGUACUGCGGUGCACAUAGGAACUGUGGAUACCCAUGGGAGUAAUAAUCUAAAGCGUAAAGCUAAUGAAGAGUUUGAGCCGCUUGAGCUUGCUGCCCCAUUAGUUCGUGCCCCUGCACCAACAUCGACUACUCAGAGGAAGCCCCUUAGGCUUAGAUUGUCGACUGUGGCGGUACCAAAGCAUCCUGAAGGAACUUAAUGAAUCCAAUUGCCUCGAGCUUAGUGUAAAAGUUGGCGGAAAAGGCACUGGAAUGUCAGCCAGAGCCAUGUAAACUAAAUUUACCAAAGUUAAUGUGAAAUUCAAAGCUUGUCGAACU